AUGAAGACUCCCAUCAACAAAUACUGGGCUAUUAUCUACACCCAGUUCAUGGUCUACCUGGCUAACUGCGUCAUGCCUCCACACUCCCCUCCUUACAUCCCUCACCCAAUCAAGGCUGUCCCCUUACCCAAACUACCUGAGCAGUACAGCGUGAAGGUGGAGGCAAACAUCCUACAGAAACAUCGGACAACCGAGGUGGAGGAGCACUACGACAGCGUGAACAAAAGGGCCUCUGUGAGCCAAACGUUUAAUGGAAGCACAACCAUCUUCAUUUUUGACUACAACAUAGGAGAAAUGUACACCAUCUACCCUAAUGGUUCAUGUAAGGCAACAGAGGCGCAUUAUGACGUGUACAGCUUCACCAAACUUGGGAAAAACCCCCAGCCCAUCAUGGCGACCAUCAAUGACGUUUUCAGGUUUGGACAGGGGUAUGAGCAGGUCUACCAGGGUAAAGACAACAUUAGGGGUAUUCCUGUGGACCACUGGACAUCUUGCCAGGAGGUGCAUGAAUGGGGCGCCAAGUACCAGCUAGACUACUACUUCUCUGAUCCUGACUACACGACAGCAGGAGGAGCGGAGCAGGUGCCUGUACGGGCGGUGGUUAAUGGUACGGCUAACAACAUAACACCAGCCAGAGGCAUACAAGCAUUUCAACACAUCUAUGAAUUCACAUCGUUUCGAUCUGGACCUGCCUUGGAUGAAGAUGUGUUUACCAUACCCCGAGGAGUACUAUGUAAAGGGAAACAAAAAACCAAAGAUAUACCACUGAUACCUAAAAGACUUGAGGUAGAUGUAGAGGUCGUUAUGCCUGGCAUUAAAGAUCAGUGGACUAAAACUGAACGUCUUCGUUAUGACCUCUACCACCUCCUGGCAGAAACAACCUACACAAGGAUCGUUCCGCAGCAAUUUGGACAUAAAUACUGGGAAAAUGCAAAAUGGGAAAAGCCUGCUGUCGUAUCCUACACUGUUAUAGAUGAUAUGUUGAAUAUGGUCUCCUACAAAAUAAAUAAUUUUUAUAUGACAUGUCGAAUAAAACCUUUGGACUUCACACCAUCGAUGGAAUCACACAGGCUGAAGAUAUUUGAUUUUGCUUUUGACAACACUAACUUUGUAUACCAGGGAAGAGACACAGUUCGUGGAAUACCAGUGGAUGUGUGGUCAGGAGAGGUGGGUGGAAUAGCGCAAGAAAUUUAUUUCAGGACUAACUCUACACCCCACUUACUAAAAAACAAAAAGGUGGACAUUUUCUUCCAAUACCCAAACAUGGUGGGUUUUUCGCUAAGAAACAAAACAGCUGUCAAAUAUAAUUCCAUGCAUGAAAUGUUUCUAGAAAUAAUGAGGAACCCAGAAAAAAUGUAUCCAGACACGGAUGAUGAUCAAACAUCAGCAACAAAACCCAUACCCACCAGGACAAGUGACCAGGUGGCCUGGGGUGACAAAAUGAGCCAGAUGUUUCACCAAAGAAUAACUGAAAAGAUGGUCCACUUAUUCAGACCAAGUCCAAUCUUCACUGAAAUGGGUUAUUUUGAUAUCUCUGGCUGUUAUAAUGAUAGCCAGGUGACUAGAAUAAUGCUCUCUGUCAAUGCCAGCUUUGAACAUGAUGUAUCUCUAAACUACGUACUGUUUUCAAACUCCAUAAGGGAAGCCCUUUCAGACAAGUCAGGACUGUCCAUCUUACAGAUAAAUGAUGUACAUCCAUAUCCCUCCAAACUAAACAAAAAUGUGACAAGGUUGAUAAUUACACUGCUUGGGCCUGUGCCAAUGUAUGGGGAAACAAAUGAAUCUCUAAACUCUGCAAUAGAAAAGCUAAAAAAGACAGUGCAAUCAGAAAUAUCUUUGGUAGUCAACUAUGCCCAGUAUUCUAAGACUUUCACCAUUGACCCUAAUGCAAUAGAAGUUGGGUUGAACAUGUCUUUACUAUUUAGGCAACAAGGUAUGAACAAUUCAGACUCAUAUUCAGCAGGGUCUGUUACAGCUAUAGCCUUUGCAACACUUAUCAUUGGGGUUGCUUUAUGCUCUGCUGUUCUUUUCUUUAUCUACAAAAGAAAACACCCAGAAGAGUCCCUAAUCCCAUACCGCAUAACUGAAUAAAAACUCUAAUUUAAUGGAAAAAUAAAAUACAUUAAGUUCAGCUUCCAAGAAACAUCAGAAGAAACCUAAUAUAUGAAUUAAUAGCUUAAACAGUACACU